AUGCCACCAAAAAAUACAAACAACAACAACAAUCUCCUCCACCUUCUAAACGUCGAACAAGUCCACCUGCCUUUAGGCAACUUAACUCUUAACGAAAAAACAACUAAAAAAAUUAUUUACCAGCCAGAAGGACAUCCAAAACAGGCUAUUAUAGAUGGCGAAAUUUGGCCCCCCGUAUUUGAGGUUGAGGCUGUUAGAUCUGCAAAGACUAUGAAGCCUCUCCCUAGCGACGUGUUUGUUUGUACUUACCCAAAAUGUGGAACUACCUGGAUUCAACACAUUUGUUCCCAACUACUUUUUUGUUCCGAGUACGGGCCACAUCAAGGAAAAGAGCUGUGCACAACCUCCCCAAUGAUUGAAAGAGUCGGCGCCGAUUACUGUAACAAAUUGCAACAUCCACGCCUAUUAAAAACACACUUUUCUCACCACAAUUGCCCCCAAAACAACCUGUCAAAAUAUAUUUUUGCUUGUAGAAACCCAAAAGAUUGUUUAGUUUCAUACUACCAUCACAACAAAAAUUUUAAAAUUUAUGACUGGGCAGACGGCAAUUUCGACCAAUUUUUCCAACUUUUUAUUGAAGGAAAAUUGGCUUUUGGAGAUUAUUUUGAACAUUUGAAUAGCUGGCUUCCACAAAAACUUAACAACAAAAAUUUAUUAUUUUUAAAAUAUGAGGAUAUGUUGAAGGAUUUGAAAGGAACGAUAAUUUUGAUUGCCAAAUUUUUGGGGGAAAAUUCAGCAAACUUAAUUGAAAAUAGUCAAAUUUUGGAAAAAAUUAUUAAAGAAAGUCAAUUGGAGUCUAUGCAGCAAAAUCAGACUAGAUGGUUUCCGGGGAAUGCUCUGCACAACGAGUCGUUUAUUCGAAAGGGAUGUGCCCGCGACUGGAAGAAUUAUUUGAGUAGAGAACAGAGCGAUUUAAUUGAUGAGUUAUUCAAACAAAGAAUGGCUGGGACAGAAGCUGAAAAUUGGUGGAAGGAUGAAAUGAGAUGGGAAGAUGAUGAAGACGAAAAUGAAGAAUAUAAACAACACCAAAGCGAAGAAGAAACAACAAAUAACGAUUCUGGAAUGGAAAGUGGAGAUGACGAGGAAAAUUGUUUUGAAAGUCAAAAUAGAAGGGAUUCUGUUACUUCUGAAUGUUAUUCGACUACGAGUUGUUCUUCUGAUACUUCUUCAAAUUUUUGA